GAGCUUACGGCGUUCAGGUGACGGCAGCCCAGCUGGACGCGCGCGCAGAGAAACACAGAAGCAGCAUUUAUCCCCUUGCUACAGAAAAGAGAAGUCUAGUUGUGCAAUACUGGUUGGAAAGUGGGAAAAAAAACCAGAUCAGCAUUAUGUUCAGCUGGGUGAACAAGGAGCAGGGUGGAAGAAACAAGGAGGGCGACAUGUUUCAAACGGUCACUGAGGGACUUCAAAGUCUUUACAGUAAAAAAUUACUGCCUUUGGAGGAAGCCUACCUUUUCCAUGACUUCCACUCACCAGCGCUGGAAGAAGCGGAUUUUCAGAGCAAGCCAAUGGUCCUUUUGGUGGGACAGUACUCCACAGGAAAGACCACUUUCAUAAGGUAUUUGCUGGAGCAAGACUUUCCCGGUAUGCGGAUAGGGCCCGAGCCGACGACAGAUGGCUUCAUUGCUGUGAUGUAUGGGGAGACCGAGGGAGUUAUACCUGGAAAUGCGCUGGUGGUGGACUCCAAGAAACCUUUCCGGAAGCUCAAUGCCUUUGGAAACGCCUUUCUGAACAGGUUCAUCUGCUCUCAGGUCCCCAACCAAGUCCUACAGAGCAUUAGCAUCAUUGACACACCGGGUAUCUUGUCUGGAGAAAAACAGCGUAUUAGCAGAGGCUAUGAUUUCUCUGAAGUUCUGCGAUGGUUUGGUGAGCGUGUCGAUCGCAUCAUCCUCCUCUUUGAUGCCCACAAGCUGGAUAUCUCUGAUGAGUUCUCUGAGGCUAUCAGGGCCUUCCGUGGCCAGGACGACAAGAUCCGUGUGGUUCUAAACAAGGCUGACCAGGUGGACACACAACAGCUGAUGCGUGUCUACGGGGCCCUGAUGUGGUCUCUGGGCAAAGUUAUCAACACCCCGGAGGUGGUGAAGGUGUCCCUGGGCUCCUUCUGGGCCAAACCCCUGCAGAACACAGACAACCGUCGGCUCUUUGAGGCUGAAGCACAGGACCUCUUCCGGGACAUCCAGGCCCUGCCACGCAAUGCUGCCCUGCGCAAGCUCAACGACCUCAUCAAAAGAGCCAGACUUGCCAAGGUGCAUGCCUAUAUCAUCAGCUAUCUGAAAAAGGAGAUGCCUUCUCUGUUUGGGAAAGAGAAGAAGAAGGAGGAGUUGAUUGCACACUUACCUGAGAUCUAUCAAAUGCUGCAGAGAGAACACCACAUCUCACCUGGAGAUUUCCCCAACGUCAACAAGAUGCAGGAACAACUCAUGCACUACGACUUCAGCAAGUUCCCCUCCCUGAAAAUGAAGCUGAUCGAAUCAGUGGACAAGAUGCUGAGCAGCAAGAUUGCACAGCUGAUGAACAUGAUCCGGGAGGAGGAAGGCAAACAGCCAGCUCCGACAGUGAUGGGCGGGGCUUUCGAAGGCUCUGAGGAUGGACCAUUUGGCCACGGCUAUGGCGAAGGCGUUAGUGCUGGAGCAGACACCGAGGACUGGAUUGUGAGUCGUGACAAGCCACAGUACGAUGAGAUCUUCUACACACUGAUGCCCAUCAACGGCAAGGUGACCGGCGUCAGUGCCAAGAAGGAGAUGAUGAACUCACGCCUGCCCAACACCGUGCUCGGAAAGAUCUGGAAGCUGGCCGACUGUGACAGGGAUGGCAUGCUGGACGAUGAGGAGUUCGCCCUGGCUCAGCACCUCAUAAAGAUCAAAUUGGAGGGAUACGAGCUGCCCUCAGAGUUACCGCCCCACCUGGUGCCCCCCGGCCACAGGAAGAACCCCACUGCAGACAUCCUGUACAACCACCAGGACGACUAAGACCCCUCACCAUAUGACCACAGCUAUUCAUAUAUAAACUUUAGCCAACAACUCACAUCGCAGCCUCAAUGGGAUGAUUCAACCAAAUGCUAACGUGGAUAACAAUAAAUCAAAUUUUCUGUUGCUAGUUAGCUUUAUUUUGCUUUCUAAUGAUAUGCCUUGUACAGAAUUCUGAAAAAGAACACAGUUUAAUGUUAUACUUAUUCCACCUUACACAAAAGGAAAUGAUCACAGACUUAGGUAGAGAGGUCUGCAUGGUCUGCGGUCAGUGCGCGUGCUACACAUACAUUUCGCAUGCUGAUCAACGGCAGACUUUCAAAUCAAGUAUUGCCAUUGUUGAGUGAGUUGACGAUGCCAAAACUGCAGCCAAAGUAAAUCAUCCAGCAAACAAAAAAGCUGUGAACCCAGUAUAACAUAUUUACAUCCAUAACAUGCACACACUAUACGCCCAAAAGUAUGUGGACACCUAACUGAUCACACCUACAAUACCGGUCAAAAGUUUGGAGACACUCGACUGAAAUGUUUCUCAUGACCUUUAAGAUUUCUUUUUCUGAAAUGUUUGAAUUCGGUGUUGUAGACAAAAAUAUAAUUGUGCCAACAUAUUCAUGUCUUUCAUUAGAAAACUAACAUUUUAUUUACAAAAAAAAUAUUCUUUUAAACGGACGACUUGGAGCGAAAUAUUCAGAAAAGCAGCCGAUAAGUGUCCAGCAUAGGUGGGAAUUCCUUUAAUACUGUUUAAAAAACAUCUCAGGGAAAUCCUUCAAGAAAUCGGUCGAGAAAAUGCCAAGAAUAUGUUUCUGGAAAUUCUAGGCAAAAAGUGCGUCUACUUUGAAAAUAAUAAAAUGUAAAAUUAUUUUGAUUUAUUUUGGAUUUUUUAUCACAACAUAAUUCUCAUAGAUCUAUUUGUGUUACUUCAGUGUUUUGAUGACUUUAUUAUUAUUCUAAAAUGUGGGGAAAAAAAUAAAAAUAAAUAAAAUUUUAACUGGUAGUGUAUAUGAGGGUCUUCCCCAAACUGUUGCCACAAAGGUGCAUUAAAAUUUCAUUUCACUGGAACUAAGGCACCCAAAUAUGUACACAAAGUGAGGUCCAUAAAGAUGUGGUGUGGAAGAACUUGAGUGGCCUGCACAGGGCCCUGACCUCAACCCAGCUGAACAUGUUUGGGAUGAAUUGGAACACCACCUUCAUACCAGGCCUUCCUGUUCUUGUGGCCGAAUAUGUACAAAUCCCCACAUCCAUGCUCCAAAAUCUAGUGAAAGGUCUUCUCAGAAUUCUCCUUAUUAAUGCCUAUGGUUGUAGAAUGGGAUGUUUAAUAGUCAAGUGUCUACUUACUUCUUUUUUUUUUUUUUUUUUUUUUUUUUACCAUAUAUUGUAUUUAAAUUGAAGUUGUCAAGUCAUCGCUUAAUUAUUCUUUUCAACAUUCGCUUGUAUUGUGCAGGUAUACAAUUGUGAAAGGAGUGUUUUAUUGGUAGCUAGUGUGUUAUAGAACCAUGUUUGAUCUAGCACACAGUCUACUGUAGGUAACGUGAAAUAAAUAUCAUUUGAAUCCAAA